AUGUUGUCCCAAAUAGCUCGUAUCUUUGACCCACUCGGGUGGCUUGCACCAGUCAUAGUCAUCGCUAAACAUCUGAUACAGCUACUUUGGUCGUGCAACGUGCAUUGGGAUGCACCUGUGCCUGCGGAUCUGCAAUCUGCAUGGGAAGCGUUUUAUAUCACCCUCCCAUCGCUGGCAGAUAUAUCAAUACCGCGCUGGCUCGAAAUAUCGCCGUCUAAUCGUAUUGAGCUCCACGGAUUCUCAGAUGCUUCCAUGAAAGCGUACGCGGCGGUUAUGUACGUCCGCACAGAAUCACCGUCGGGUGUGGUCUCGGUCCACUUACUGACGGCAAAGACACGAAUUGCUCCCGUGAAGCAGCUCACGAUUCCUCGCCUUGAGUUAUGUGGAGCUGUAAUUUUAGCCCGAUUAGCCACUCAGGUUCGGUCCAUACCCAUCUUCACAAAUUGUCCACUCCAAUGUUGGACCGACGCGACUAUCGUGCUCGCCUGGCUUAGAGGACAACCCAACGACUGGAAGACGUUCGUCGCCAAUCGCGUCGCCGAGGUACAAACCUCGCUUCCCAAGGUUUCGUGGCGUCAUGUACCCGGAGCGGACAAUCCUGCUGAUGUAGCGUCCCGGGGUGUGUCUGCUUCUGAACUCGCAUCGUCCCAUACAUGGUGGCAUGGUCCAUCCUGGUUAUCCUUCGGCCCAUCGAGUUGGCCCUCCGUUGAUCCAACCCUGGACGAUGGUGCGCCCUUAGAGCGAAAGUCAAACGUCCAUCACGCGAACGUUCAACUAAACGGCGACCAUCAACCUUUUCAAUGCUUUUCAAGUUGGCCACGCAUGUGUCGGGUUCUUGCCAUCUGCCUGCGGUUUUCCGCACACUGGAGGUCCACAGUCAGGGGCCAACCGCGCAUCCAAGAGCUUACUUGCGUUGCCAAUCGUAUUUUUUGCCUUUGCCAGGCUACCCCGUUUUGCCGGGAGGUGGCGUUACUAAAGAAAAACCCGAAAACCGACGAUGGGUCACGCUUCCUGCAACGUGACCAAGCCCUGCCUAAGAGUAGUCCACUGCGUCGGCUCAACCCGUUCUUGGACGCUGACGGGUUACUAAGGGGGCUCGUCCGGAUCGACGCAGUCGGAUUGAGGUAUCAUGAGGAAAGGCAGGAACCGAACGAUUUUACCAUCGUUGAGCUGAAAGAGAAGCUGAAGGAGUUAGGAUUGAGUGCGACAAGAAAUAAGCCCGUUGAGUUGAUUGUUUGGUUGGCUGAAGCGGACCCGACGGGCAUGUGGAUGCGAAACGAUCUGGAAGCCGUAGCAACAGGCUUGAUGGGCACGGCGGCUACUCCGACCGUCACCGAUUAUCAGAGAGAAAUCGAGCUGUGUCGACGAGAAAAAGAGCUUGCAGAUCACGAGUUAGCCAUUACUAGAGAAUUGCAAUUAUUACGAGGAACGCAGCGACUGAAUGUAUCCGACAGAGAGCAGUGA